AGCCACUGACGAAAAGUUAUAAAAUGUCUAAUGCACUAUGUUUUUCAGUGUCCCCUAAUUUGAUUUGUAAGCCUCAAGAUCUUUCUAAGGCCAACAACAAAAAGAAGCCAUGUCCACAAUCUGUGUUAGAUAACAAAAUCAGCAAGAGGAAGCUAUUAUCAUCUACUGUUAUUGGGUUGGGCCCAACUUGGGUUGGGCUCUCUGUUGCUAGGCCCACAAGGGCUGAGCCAGAGAGCCCUGCUGCUUCCACCUCAAGUAGAAUGUCAUACUCAAGGUUCUUGCAGUACUUGGAUGAAGGUGUUGUCCAAAAGGUGGAUCUCUUUAAGAAUGGCACAGUUGCUAUUGCAGAGAUAUACAAUCCAACCUUGGAAAAAAUCCAAAGAGUUAAAAUUCAGUUACCUGGGCUGCCUCAGGAGUUGAUCAGGAAAAUGAAAGAAAAAAAUGUUGAUUUUGCUGCUUAUCCCAUGGAAAUUAGUAUGUGGCCUGCAAUACUUGAUUUGUUGGGGAAUUUGGCCUUUCCUUUGUUAUUGCUUGGUUCUCUACUCUUGAGGACAUCUAUUAAUAAUCCUGGUGGUGGCCCCAACUUACCCUUUGGACUAGGAAGGAGUAAGGCAAAAUUUCAGAUGGAACCAAACACAGGAGUUACAUUUGAGGAUGUAGCUGGAGUUGAUGAAGCCAAGCAAGAUUUUCAAGAGAUUGUUGAGUUCUUGAAGACCCCAGAGAAGUUUUCUGCUGUUGGAGCCAAAAUUCCCAAAGGGGUUCUUUUGAUAGGGCCACCUGGGACUGGAAAGACACUGCUAGCAAAGGCCAUUGCAGGAGAAGCUGGGGUUCCUUUCUUUUCUCUAUCUGGCUCAGAGUUCAUUGAGAUGUUUGUGGGUGUAGGGGCUUCAAGGGUGAGGGAUUUGUUUAACAAGGCCAAACAGAACUCACCUUGUUUGAUAUUCAUUGAUGAGAUAGAUGCUGUAGGGAGACAGAGAGGUACAGGUAUAGGUGGAGGGAAUGAUGAAAGAGAACAAACACUGAAUCAGUUGCUCACUGAAAUGGAUGGUUUCACUGGAAACACUGGUGUUAUAGUCAUUGCUGCCACUAACAGACCAGAAAUUCUUGACUCAGCAUUGCUUAGACCUGGAAGGUUUGAUAGACAGGUCACUGUUGCAUUACCUGAUAUAAGAGGGAGAGAAGACAUAUUGAAAGUUCAUAGUAACAACAAGAAGCUUGAUAAGGAUAUCUCUCUUAGUGUCAUUGCCAUGAGAACUCCAGGGUUCAGUGGUGCAGACCUUGCAAACCUCAUGAAUGAAGCCGCUAUUCUAGCCGGUCGUAGGGGGAAAGAUAAGAUCACAAUGAAAGAAAUUGAUGAUUCCAUAGAUCGCAUUGUAGCAGGCAUGGAAGGGACAAAGAUGACUGAUGGCAAGAGCAAAAUUCUGGUCGCUUAUCAUGAAGUUGGACAUGCUGUUUGUGCGACACUGACCCCAGGGCAUGAUCCAGUACAGAAAGUUACUCUAGUUCCCAGAGGGCAAGCCCGGGGCUUAACCUGGUUCAUACCAGGUGAAGAUCCAUCUCUUACAUCUAAGAACCAAUUAUUUGCUAGAAUAGUUGGAGGCUUAGGGGGUAGAGCAGCUGAAGAAGUUAUAUUUGGUGAAACUGAGAUAACCACUGGAGCUGCUGGGGACUUGCAACAAAUUACACAAAUAGCAAGACAGAUGGUAACAGUUUUUGGCAUGUCUGAGAUUGGACCAUGGGCAUUAACUGACCCAUCAGUGCAAAGUAGUGAUGUAGUGCUAAGAAUGCUAGCUAGGAACUCAAUGUCAGAGAAACUAGCUGAGGACAUUGACCACUCAGUGAGGCGGAUAAUAGAGGCAGCAUAUGAAAUUGCAAAGAAUCACAUAAGGAAUAACCGUGAUGCAAUUGAUAAAUUAGUGGACGUGUUACUUGAAAAGGAGACUCUUAGUGGGGAUGAAUUCAGAGCAAUCUUAUCAGAAUUCACUGAUAUAUCUUCAAUUAAGAUAGAUAGAACCUCUAUUCGAGAAAUGAUUGAAGCAUAAGUGUAGUUCAAGUGAUGUUGUACAUAAGUAUCUAGCGUAGAGCUUAGUUUGGAAAUAGUAUUAAUUAUCUUUCAUCUUGUUUCAGAAGUUGUUUCAUCCCUCCUUUUUAUGUAUUCUUGUGUUUCAGACUCUUAGUGGAGGUUUUUUCUUAUGGUUUUCUUUUAAAACUACAUAAAUAUGAUUUUUUUCUUAUGGUUUUCAUGCC